UUGUUUAAAAAAGGUAAAUAAUUUGUGUAUGAUGUGAGAGUUCUUCUAUCUUCGUGGAUUUUGGAAAAGCUUGACUGAGUGAGCUGAGCGGGAAAAGAAAUAGAAAAAUGGCGGCAAAGAAGGAAGCCGAUGAGGGUUCCGGUUCCACAGCGGCGGAACAAGUAUGCUGGAGAAAACAAGUUGACGAUAACCUAAAGAGGCUCCAUUCCCUCCACUUGGGCGCCGAAACGGCUCUCAAGAAACGCGACUUCUCUUCGGCUCAAAUCCUGGGGCUCCGCCUCCUUGGCUUCCUUGACUCUCAUUCUCAUUCCGAACUCGACCACGCCUUUGUCCGUCCCAUUCGAUGCGAAGCUAUCUCUAACAUUGAUUCCGCUCGCCGUUCUCUCAUUUCCGAUUCUGAUCGAAAAGCAUUUGAGCUAGCAAAGAAAGCUCCAACAUGUGUUUUUGGCUCAAGAGGAGAUAUUGAUACUGAGAAGAUUAAGCAAUCAAAGUACUUCCGAGCUCUUAUUCAGCACUCUAAUGGAAUAACUCUAAAUGAACUGGGAGAUCAAUCGGUGAAGCAGGACAAACCGAGUAGCAAGGCCCUUAAUUCUAAUAAUCAAGCAAAGCGGAUAGCAUUGAGAAGCAACUUUUCAAGGGAGAAUAACAACAUAUCCCCAAAGUACACAACCUCUGGAAGUUGCAACUAUGAUGAAUGCAGAAUUGUAGAAAAGCCCAUGUCAUUUCAUAAUCAGACUAAAAGUCAACGCUCAUUGUUUAUUCAAAAGGACGAGGAAGAAAGAACCUCUGGAAAUUCCUUGGGUGCAAAACGGAUGCAUGUGGAUAUCCGUAGCCCCAGCCUGAAGUCGCCCUUAAGUUCUGAAGAGAACAAUGAAGUUUCGGCAAAUGGAUUUGUUACUGCAAGAGCAAAAUUGGAAAUGGAUGCAAGACAAAAAAGAGGGUUAUCUGGAUCGCCCAAUGCUACUGUUUCCCCACAAAGUGAUAACAAUGGUCCAAGGGGUUAUGGUGGAAGAUCAUAUGGGUUUUCUCGUCGUGGUAUUCGUGGUAAUUUUGUUCCCCCUAUUAAAUCCAAUGGUGGCAACUCUGGGAAUUUAACUUCACGAAUUGGUGGAAAAGGCGACGAUACUGCAGAUGAUUCUACAAAGAGAUGCUUGGAAUUGCUAUGUGGUCCUGAUGGUGAGCUUCCAGAAAAAUUAAGGAAUUUGGAGCCUCGUCUUAUUGAACAUGUUAGCAAUGAGAUCAUGGACAAGGAUCCCAAUGUUCGGUGGGAGGACAUUGCUGGUCUUGAUCAUGCCAAAAAAUGUGUGACUGAGAUGGUGAUAUGGCCUCUAUUGCGUCCUGAUAUAUUUAAAGGUUGUCGUUCUCCUGGAAAAGGCCUACUUCUCUUUGGCCCACCAGGAACAGGCAAAACAAUGAUUGGAAAAGCCAUAGCUGGAGAGGCAAAAGCUACCUUCUUCUAUAUAUCUGCUAGUUCACUGACGAGCAAGUGGAUUGGCGAGGGUGAAAAGCUAGUACGAGCCCUCUUUGGAGUUGCCAGUUGUCGUCAGCCAGCUGUGAUAUUUGUUGAUGAAAUUGAUUCACUUCUCUCUCAGCGUAAAUCAGAAGGUGAACACGAAUCGAGUAGGAGACUCAAAACACAGUUCCUCAUUGAAAUGGAAGGCUUUGACAGUGGCAGCGAACAAAUUCUACUUAUAGGAGCAACAAAUCGGCCUCAGGAACUAGAUGAAGCAGCGCGGAGGCGACUUACAAAAAGGCUUUAUAUCCCUUUACCUUCCUCAGAAGCAAGAGCAUGGAUUAUACAAAAUCUACUAAAAAAGGAUGGAUUAUUCAAACUCGAAAAGGAAGAUAUCGAUACCAUAUGCAAAUUAACUGAAGGUUAUUCAGGAUCAGACAUGAAAAACUUGGUUAAGGAUGCUUCAAUGGGGCCACUGAGAGAGGCUUUGAAACAAGGCAUAGAAAUUACAAAGCUGAAAAAGGAGGAUAUGAGACCAGUAACACUGAAGGACUUUGAACAAGCAUUGCAAGAGGUUCGGCCAUCCGUUUCCUUGAAUGAACUUGGUACCUAUGAGAAAUGGAACAACCAAUUUGGAAGCUUGUCCCUCUAAUACAAUCACAGUCAAACUCAAUAUAAUAGAACUUGUAAAAAAAAAACAAAAAAAGAAAAUAAUAUUGUAAUAAUAUCAUUUUAUAGAUUUACAUGUUCUUUCUUUCUUCUUUAAAAAAACCAUAUUGUAAAGUGGCAGGCCUACUAUUAGGUCUUUAGGUGUCCAAUUCAAUAGUAAUGGCAGUUGCAAAAAAUUGAUUGAUCCAUCAACUGCCUCUGGAAUUAGAUUCGUGGUCCUCUCUUUAAUUAAUUAUAAAUGAGGUGAAUUCUCAUACUUCUUUCCUUCCCAUCCCAACAAAUAUUAUUAUUAAACAAACUAAUUAAAAUAAAAAAGAAAGAAAGAACAUGUGAAACUACAUCGUUCCAAACAAGCAUGUGCAAUAUUAGUAUUCUGACCAGGAUUUAUUAGAACAAGCUUUAUGGUUUAUUAUGUUUUUCAUUUUGAUGAUAAAGAUCCGAGAAAGUUGCUGGAAUAAAAAGCUAUAAUAUGUUAUGUAUACAAUUUUUAGCUGUAUGAUUUGUUGGUCGUACACAAUGGUUUCUUUUCUUUUCUUUUUCAACUAUUGAUUUUUGAUGAUUAUACAACAACCAAAAAAAAAAAGAGAGGCAUGUGGCAUGUUAUGCCAUCCAACAAGGUUUAAUUUAAACAAAAAAGAAAGAAAGAAAGAACCAUUGACCUUACUAUUUUAAUGCUUUUUUUGUUUUUAGAUUUUUUUUCCCUUCUUUCUUUCCAAUCUUAGUCAGUCUCUCUUCCUAACCAAAACCUUUAAUCCUCCGGCCAUGUGAGCCGUCAGUAACGGAACAAAAACCGGUCUGGUCGAACCGGUUACCGGUCUGAUCUUGAAUCUUCUGAGAAUUGAAGCCACCACAUAUUUCAUCUGAAUGAAUGCCAUUUCUUUACCAAGACAAACUCUUGGACCAGCAUGAAAGACUGGAAACUUAAAAGGGCAUACCUUCUUGAGAUUCCCUCCUGUUUCUUUCUUUGGUUCAAGAAACCACCUGUCUGGUUUAAACUCCAACCUGUCUUUUCCCCAUAAAGCUUCCAUUCUUCCCAUCCCAUAAGGGAAAUAAGUCACUCUAUCACCUGCCUUCACAUGAGUUUUGUCAGGCAACAAAUCAUCUUUUAUGGCAUGUUUUGAGUCCCAAGGUACCGGUGGAUAAAGCCUCAUGGACUCACAAAUACAAGCCUCUAACAUCUUUAAUUUCUUCAAACAUUCAUAACCCAACUUAUUACUUUCUUCAUUACCAAUAGUUUCAAUCUCUUUCACCACUUGUUUCUCAGCUUCAGGGUGACAAGAAAGUGACCAAAAUAGCCAUGUCAUUGCAGCCGAAGUUGUGUCCCUCCCAGCCAUGAUGAAACUUAUCACCAUAUCUCUAAUCACCUCCUCAUCAUGUCCAGCCAUUAUAAGCCUAGUCAAAAGAUCUUGAUCAUCAUCAUCACCACCACCAUCUUCACCGUUGAUUUUGCUCUUCCUUUGAUGAAUUAUAUCCAUAACAAAAUGAUGAACUUCCUCAACAGCAGCCUUCAACUUCUUCUCCGAACCAACACCAAACCAUCUCUUAAUUUUCCAUACUAUAAACAAAGGCGCAGCACCACGGCGUGCGCAUAUCUCAGAAGCAGCAUCAAACGCGCGCGCAAGUGGUGACACUGGCACAACACAAGGGUCCAAACUACACCUAUCAAUACCAAGUGAAACUUUGCAUAUAACAUUAAAAGCAAAACGUCUCAACAAAUCUUGUAAGUCCACAACUCCUCUGUUUUCCUCUGCCAAAGAUUCAAACAAAGGCAAUAAACAAUUCUCAACCUCAUCCUCCAAAGUGUUCAUAACAUAUUCUUGUAAAGACUUUGUACUAAACUCAUGACUUGCAAGCUUUCUUUGAGUCUUCCAUAGCUCCCCAUCUACAUUAAAUAUCCCAUAGCCAAGAAAAUCUCCAAGAAUUUCAGUAAAGGGUCUUCCUUUUGGGAAAUUAUUGAAGUUGGCUCUUAACAUAUACUCAACAUUUUCAGGGUUGGCUGUCACUAUGGUCCGCCGAGCACCAAGCCUUUGAACCACUAUGGUAUUUGUUGGUGACCCUUCUAAAAGCUCAGUAUACCAAUCAAGCAACCGAGUCUUAUUUUUGUAGAAUGAAACCAAACACCCCAAUACCGGAUAACACGGCGGGCUGCCGCCACCACCGCCACUGCUGCCGCCUCCUUUUCCGGUGAGUACUCGCCGGAGAUGACAUAGUAUUUGGUGUAUUAAGUAGAACAACACUACUAAAACCAAAAGAAACGGUAGUAAUGGUUGAUCAAGUAAGAGAGACAUGGAUAAUAACAUUACACUGCUCAUUAUAAUUAUGACAUGAAAAAAAUGAAAUUUUGAAAUGGUCUUUUUAUUAUAAAAAUUAAAACCAAACAAACAAUCAACUUGGAUUGAUGUUGGCGUUUUAUGCUUUUGGUUUUGGACACUUGACACAAUAGUAUUUUUAUCAAGUUCUUUCUAAGAGGGGUUUGUAAUAAUAAUUUAAUGAAGAGACCAUAUUUAUAAUAAUUAACAACAACAACAAUAAUAAUAAUAAUAAUAAUAGUCUCAUUUAU